AUGCCGAAAGAAAAAGGAGAGAAAAAGAAGUACUGCCAAAAGUAUUCAAAAAUUUGGGAGACAGAUUUAGAGUUAAAAGAUUGGCCUUCUCCUGAUGUCAUGGAUGACUCAAUGGCAUAUUACAAAUAUUGUCGCAUUGUGUUAAAAGCACAUAAAAAGGCUUUAUUGAGACAUGCCUUGACCGAAAAGCAUAAAAAAGCCAUUGCGUUCAUUGCUGCAUUUAUUGCAGAACAUACUGCCGUUUUGACAGUUGACCAUUUGAUUGAAUUGCUGCCUCAAAUAGAUUCGUCAUCGGAUGCUUUAAAGAGUUUAAGACUACAUCGUACAAAAUGUUCCAUGAUUAUACAAAAUGUGCUUGGGCCUUCUCUUCUCAGUGAACUAGUAGAAGAGAUAGGAGAGUUUCCUUAUUCGAUUAUAGUAGACGAAAGCUCAGAUCUUUCUACACAAAAAGUUUUAUGCAUUAUGGUGCGUUUUUAUUCAUCAAAAAAAGGCAAAUACUCACAACAUAUUAAAUUAAUUGAAUGCGAUGCGAAAACUGUUUAUGAGUUCAUCAAAAAUCAACUUAUUAAAGAUGGUUUAAAAUGUUUAGAUGGAGCCAACGUUAUUACUUGA